UGAAAGAAGAUUUUGUUAAUUGAGUUCUGUAGACACUAAUUAAGUUAAAUCAAAUUAAUUCCACACUUUGAGAUGCUUUGGAAAUCGAAGAACACGUUUUGAGGAAGCUAAUUACUUCAAAUACAAAAUUUAAAGCAUAUUUGAUCAGAUUAUCUAGUGACCUAAGCCAGGGCUACUAUUUAACAUUCUCAAUUAAAAAAAUUAGUCUUCGAUUUUUGAUCAUGCAUUAAAAAUUGUAAUAUUUUCUUAAUUAGUGACUAACAAGGAGGCAAGCAUUCCAAAUCACCUCGAUUGGGACCGGGAGAUAUAGGCUUGAUUGCAAAUCGCACGGUCGGGUUGGAAACCGAAGAAAGAAGCUCGGAGCGCUAUCCAAAGCAGAGCAAACAUGGCGGUCGCGAGGAUGUUGGCGUCGGCGGCGAAGGGGGGCGGCGCCAAAUUCCGUCCCGCCGCCGGGGGAUUGGCACAGGCCAAAGCUCUGUCGAAAGGGAAGGAAGCGGAGCAAGCAUCGGCUUCCUCGGAGCUGGGCAAGUUCAUGGGCAUCCCCGAGGUUUCUCGGUCCGAAACUGCCGUCUUGGUCUCCAGGUUCAUUAAGCUCCACACUCGCCAGAAUCCUGGAAUCAAGAAGGACGUUCUUUGCGAAGAGAAGUUAAAGAGCAUCUUGGAAGGGAAAGACAGGGUGGGUAUCUCGGAGAUUGUUAAACUGCUAUCGUCGCAACCGGUCAGAGCGCAAUGAUUGCUUCCUUGGCCUGGUUAGAUGGUUCCAAGUAGAUGUCUGGUCAUUGUGAUUAUUUCUUUGUAGACAGCUUAAGAUACGAAAAGGGGGUUGAAUUGCAUCUUUUCUGGGGGUUAUACGGCUUCAUUUACUAGCUAAUUGCUAAUCUAAGCAUUUUGAGUUCGGUUGCUUUAGUCAUGGCAAUACUGAUAUUCAUUUGCUAAGCCUGAUUCCAUCUUCUGUCA